AUGGAGUGUCUUAACGAACUCUGUAGGCCAACACAGGUAUCUACUCCUAAUUCUCUCUCUCCUGGUGAUGAUACUGAUAUUGGUGCUUGGAAGAGAUUAAGUGGUCAGUUUGGUCAGUAUGCUGCUGCUAUGGUUCGUUCACCAAGUGUAUUCACAAUAACAGAUCAAGACCCUAAGAAAAGAACGCCUCCACCUCCUAUCAGGAGAGAAACCAAACCCACUUCUCCACCACCUCCAGUACCAAGUAGAGUAAGGCAACCUUCUCUCCCUCCCUCUCUCCCUCCCUCUCGACCACUCCCUGUACCAGUUAUAGAGGAAGAUGUCGAUACUGUUUCUAUGCCAUUAACUGAUGUGUGUUGGUACUGGCAGGAUAUUUCCAGGGAGGAAGUGACAGCAAAACUCAGAGAUACAGUCGACGGGACAUUUCUUGUCCGUGACUCUCAACGAGGAGCUUACACAUUGACUGUGAGAAAAGGAGGACAAAACAAGUUAAUACGUAUCAUUUCAUCUCAAGGGAAGUAUGGGUUUUCGGAACCAACAGAUUUUUCAUCUGUACCUGCUUUAAUUGAGUACUAUCGUAAAAACUCAUUGUCUCAGUAUAACCCACGUCUUGAUGUGAAAUUGGAACAUCCCAUAUCCCGUUUUGCCAAAAUCACUGAUGAAGGUGCGGAAGAUGAAGAAGAAGAUCGUGAGAAUGACGUUGAAGAACUACUUGACAAAUUACGAGAAGCAACAGAGAAUUUUGAUUCUAAAAAUGAUGAGUACCUUGAAUUAGAGAAGAGAUUUGAGCAUGAAAGAGUUGAAGUUGAGAAUGCUCAAGCUAGUGUCAAAGCUCGAGGGAAUAUAGUGGAAAUGCUUAAAGAUCAGCUUGUCUUUCUCAAGAAAUCUAAUCUCUCUGUAUCUAAUAUGUUGGAGAUUGAUAGAAAAAGAGCACUUGAUCGUGACUUAAACUCAAUAAGACCUAUUUUAAUGAGACUUCAAUGGGAAAAAGAUCAAUACAUUAGUAAACUAGUCCAAGAAGGACUGACUCAUCAUGAUAUUUCUGAACGUGUCAAAGAGAAGUCUAUCACAGAAUCCGAGAGUAUUUAUGGUACAUUGUAUGGAACAUUGGAAGAAGAGAUGGAUGAUGAUGAGGACCCUGAAUUGAUUUAUGAACCUCCACCUGAAGUGUCCUUUCUUUGGCUAAUCCUGGCCCUCCUCCUCCUCCAAGUUUUCCUUAUAAGGAGUCAAUCUGAGCACUAUUUAAGAGGUAAACAAGAUGGUACAUUCCUUUGUCGGCCAUCAGGAAAGUCCCAAGAAGUCAAGGGUGCCCUUCAUACCCACACUAUUGACAUUGUAUACAACGGUAUCAAGCAUUUGAAGGUUGUCUAUGAUGGUACUAAAUAUGGCUUCUCUAGUCCAUGUGUCUACAAAUCUCUCUUGGAACUUGUAAUACAUUACUCUGAAAAUUCUCUUGAAACCCACAAUCCUAAGUUAACAACAAC